AAUAAAUUAUGCCUGCCUGUAUGUUUGAGAAAUAGAUCACCCUUUUCAUUUUCCACUUUUUAGCGUCACAUUGUGCGGGUUUUCUCUCUUUUGUCGCCCACCCUCGAUCCCGCAUACCCUACAUAUUCUUUACUUCUCCCCUCCCAACUCAUUCUUCCUCCAUUUCACUCCAUUCACUAAAUAUCUUCAUCAACAAAAAUCUAAUGCUCAGAAAAUGCAAUGUCCCAGCAACUCCUUUCGCUAUAAUACGACGCAAUGCGAGUGUAAUCCUAGCUACUUGUUCAACUUCACCAGUCGAAGUUGUUACUUGUUCAAUGAAUGGGGUCCUGUUGAGAGUGAUUCCGGGGUGGAUUAUCGCUCCUUACCAUUCCCUGGGAGUGGUACCCUUUUCGACUUUGAUUCAAUUAGGAGGUUGACUCAAUCACAAGCUGUUUUUCUUGAAGCUACACUUAUAAUGCUACUCUCUUGGCUUUGUUUCUGUUUUCUUCUCCGUUGUGCUCCGCUUGGUAAUGGACGAUCCAUUUGGUUCAAGAUCCGUUGGUGGAUUAGUCGCCUUGAUAUCUGCUUUGCCUCCCGUCACUGGCUUGAUGACCAGGCGCUAGUCACGAAGCGGAAAACAGAGCUUGGUGGAACUUUUUCAAUAGCUAGUUGGAUACUUUUUAUUGGUCUUUUGGCUGCUUUGCUUUACCAUAUAAUAGCAAAGAGAACUAUUGAGAUGCACAAUGUGAGAGCAACAAAUGCACCUGAUUUAGCUGCUUUUAUAAACGAUUUGGAAUUUAAUAUCACUACUAUCUCAAGUAUGAGCUGCUUACAUUUGCGUGGCCUCGGAACAGUGGUAACUGGGAAUCCAGGCCUUGUCGACUAUCGAUUUGCUCCUCUGUCAACAUUUGCCAACUAUUCCUGUAUAAACACAACUAAGGGACCGACCAUCAUGCUUAAGUGCAGCAGAUGUCCCCUUAGUCGGGACAAUGCCUAUAUUUCAUGGCAAUUUGUUGAUCUCCCAAAUAGUCCUGCAGCAGCUGCUGGAUUUCAGUUCAAUCUAACAGCAAAAGAUCCUAAAAAUAAGAAACAUCUUAGCUUGGUCAGUGGAACACUGAGGAAUGGAAGCGAUUUUGACAGCAAACCAGUUACAUUUAGAGGGUUGACACCAAAUAUAUUGAAGUUCAAUUUUUUCCCAAGAUUGUACCAUAAUUUGCAUGAUCUAAGGCUCAUCCAACCACUACUUCAUGAGUUUGUCCCAGGUUCAUCUUUUGAUGAGAUAAGUCAACUCCAAGCAUCACUCGAAAGCCCUAAUGAUGGUCUAAUCAACACGACAUUGUAUGUCAACUUCCUAUCUUCGUAUAUUGUUGAGGUCAAGAAUCAAAAUGUUUUAGGACCCGUAAGCUUCCUUGCUGAUCUUGGUGGUCUUUAUUGCCUCAGUAUUGGCCUUUUCUUCUACAUUUUGGUGCAGUGUGAAUAUAGGAUAAAGAAAUUACGCUAUGAGGAUAGUGUAAUGCGAAAGGUUAGAAGUCGUCGGAAAGCUCAAGACCGCUGGGAUAAGUUGAGGAAAUAUGUGAUGUACACAUAUGCUCCUAACCAAUUGGAAGAGGAGUCCGACAUGAGAAAUGAUGGUUGUUGCACAGGCGUCAAAAUGGAAUCACUCCACAGGAAGAACUCUUCGGUUAGAGGAAGAGGGUCUAGCAGAUUAGAUACCAUCAGUUUUAGCAAAAGAGUUGGCUUACCCAGGGAGAAGAGAGCCACUGCAAUGAAGAUUGAUACGCCAAGUGCCACAUGUUUUUCGCCUGAACCUGCAGCAGAUCUCCAAAAGGGUACACAUCUGGAGGAAGAUGGAUUCCAAGAAAAUGAUGUACCUCCAACCAUAAAAGGUAGUAAACCUGAAGAUGUAAUUGCUCCAGAUGUAAAGAAUGCUCUCCAGGCUCCAGCUUUUCCUGCAGCUAAUGACAUAACUGUUCCAUCUCCGCCUCCGUUAAUAUUUUAGAUGAACACUUGGCUGCAAUCAAAAAGGAUAUUGAAGAUUACUUGGCCUUUCUCUACUGAAUGUAAUCCAAGCUAAGUUUGUUGUUGAGCUGACAAUACUGCUGAGCAAGAAUGUGCUGAUACAGGUCUUGCUAGUGCGGUUAAAGGUGCCUUCCAUGGCCAACUUGUUCAUAUGUUACUAACUUAUACCUUUAACUUGGACUUUGACUGAACAACAUAUGAAAAGCUUCUUGAAUAACUUACACUCGGCAUGGUAAUUCUGUUAUCAUCAGUUAGUUUGCUCCGAUGUGAACUACUACUUCCUGCAUAAGAAAAAAAUGAUACAUAAAAGUUGAAAUUUACUAAAAAAUAAUAUACACUCUCAUGAAGAUCAAAGCCUCCACUGAAAUCAAUUUAUACACAUAUGCACGCUAAAAUAUCCAUAACAAAUAGAAUUUAAAAAAAUAUAGUAAGCCAAUGGACUCAUGCGAACCCACUCGACAGAAUAUUAGGAAUAUGUAUUCAUGGCUGAAUUUUCUUUUUAUACAUAUCUAGUAGACGUCAAACCUCCUCCUGCUAGUUCAUGUAUAAUGUUACUAAGAUUUUAAACUCAUUUAGUGAUGAUCGUGGCUCCCCCAAUUACGGUCACCUGCAAAUUGAGAGAUUAUAUUACUCCGAAUUGAAACAAAUCUGUUCACAGUAAUACCGUAUUAUAAUGUAAAGAAUACAUAAUUAAGAAGUAACACAAUACAAAAAUUCUUCAAGCCAUAUGUUGCUAACAUGUGUAGGCACCCUGAAUUCAACCUUCCAUGAAUGUUCCACCAAACUUAAAAAUAUCCACAGGCAUCAAAUAGAGAAUAUACAACAUACAAUGAUAAGUGAGAAAACUGUAGAUCAUUGUUUAAGCAAUAUGGACAUGCAUCACACUUAUCCGAUUCUUACUUUUCCCAUAUAUUAAUAACUAAUCUAAUUUCAAUUUUAGGAUGCCAAUACACAUUUGUAAUGUAAGUACUUACCUUUUCCAAACAAAUAUCUUUAAUGGCCUCUAUCAUGGCAAAGACUGACUGCAUAUUUAAUGGCCACUAUCAUGGCAAAGACCGAUUGCAUACUGCAAAUGUGUCACAACUUUGCCAUCCUCCGCUUGUUUUGAAAAGGAAAACAGAAGGCAACACCUCUUUUGGAUUGCCACACAUUAUUCAAACGCCCCUUCCUUUCAGUUGAACAUCAGCAACACACAUCGAACCAAGUGGUAAUAGAAGCUCAUAUACGUUAUUUUUUAAAAAAUAACGUUAAUAGAGAGAAAUUGCCACUUUUAUCUGUAAAAAUAAAAAGACAACAAUUUUUACUAGCAAGGUGACGAAAGCGGAAACGAGUAGGAUAUCUGCUUAUCUUGGUUAGGUUGAUCCAUGAGAGAUCUGGUAGGGCUUUAGGGCAAUUCAGGUGUCUUAUUCGGAUUGAAUGUAUACUAUCCCCCUAUCGGACUAAGGGUUUUUAUCGAAUAUGAAACUCGACUUGAACAACGCGUCCCCAGAAAAGCUUUUUUUUGAGGAUCCGACAACUUAUGCAGGAACUUCCGUAUACUAUCCCCCUAUCGGACUAAUGGUUUUUAUCGAAUAUGAAACACUUGAACAACGCGUCCCCAGAAAAGCUUUUUUUUGAGGAUCCGACAACUUAUGCAGGAACUUCCGACGUCUUUCCCUUUGUAUAGUAUACGGCUAAGUGACUUCAUAACCUCAACCUACUUUUUUGCUUACUGUAGCAUAGGCCUUCGUCGGGCUUUCGUCACUUCGCCUAUAGACGGCGGCAAGAACUAUUAAACAUGUCCAUUACCAAGAAAUAAUAAUCACUAAAUCACCCGUCCAUCACAUUCCAAACGAAAUAAAAAAUAUAAAGUUCAAAUUGCCAAGAGAAUUACCCUGAUUUCAGGUAUCAACAAUAAUGACUCCUUCACGACGCACCUCUUAAUUAACAAUUAGUCCUAUUGCUUUGCAUCUUCUCAUUUUCAAAUUUCUUAUGCACUAAUUUUUUUUUACAACAGAGUUUAAAUUUGACAGUUCUCAAACAAUAUCGAGCAGAAUAUAUAGAAAAUUGUAGCAUUAGUGAGGUCCAAAUCGCAACAUUCAUAUAUAUUACCUUUGUUGGCAAUAUUAAAUGCUAGAGGUAUUAUCAAGUGAGAAAACAUUUCAAACAUGUGAUUAGAUUUACGCCAGACUUGUGAUUUGUAACUGAAAUUCAAGUUAAUCAUUUAAUGUUGUCACAUUCUCAGAUGAUCAAACAAAGUACAAUAAUUCAAGUUAAAAGUUCAAGUACAUAAAACUGCACUGCAGAAAUCAAACAACCCAUAAACCUUCGAUGAAGAACUUAUAUAAUUUUAUGCAAUCAUGCCAUAAUUGAUUACUUGCGUACCCGAAAAAACCUAGAAACACCCUCCACAGUAGCAAAAAAAAGAUAAAUUAGAAGAGGAAUACUGAAUUUUUUUUAUCUAGGUAGAAGGGAUGUGAAAAUAUGGACAAAUAUAGCACAAUUGAAAAGUGAUUAUACAACAAUAGAGAUCACAGACCGGAAAUUGUGAACUUACCCAACCUUGUGAUGUCAACGUUUUCGUAGAUGUACUGGAUCUUGAUGAUAUCUAGAAAGGAACCUCGAUUUUCAUACUCAAAAUCUUAUGUAAAUCAAUAUAUACUCAUCAACAACCCCUAAACGAAGCGAGAGAGUUUUUGUAAGCCUGUGAAAAAUAUGUUCCGAAAAGGGUAUUUUCAGCAAUUUGAAUCGUUUACCAAAAUAUAUAAGUAACAUGCUUCUUGAUUUCCAGAAGUUCAACUAAAAAAACGAAAUUGAGACAUCGUGAAGAUUCGGAAAAAAUUUGCGGACUGGAUUCCAAAGACAUAAAAAAUAGCAUAGAAAAAGACCAAUUAAACUCAUUUAGAAGAAAAAUUACAUGGAUGAGGAAGUUAUGAUUCUAUAUCUUCAAUUUACUUCUUGAACUGUUCCUUUAAUGGAGGUUUCUUUUGUUAUUAGAUUAUUCAGAUAGGGUUAGUUUUGCAUGGUUAAUUCAAAUUAUUAAUUUUAAUUAAAAGUAAUUAUUUUGGUCUUAAUUACCCAAUUAUGUGGAAUUUUCUAUGCUGCCACAUGGCUUAAGGAGAGGGCUUUUUCCUCUCCUUUUAAUUAUAUAUACAUGUGACUUUUUUUCACAUCCCACCUCACGCCCAAGACUGGACAUUUGGUGUGUGGACAAUUUUUAAUUUGGGGGCUCAACAAUGGGUGGGAUGAGUCCUGCUCUGAUAGCAUGUAAAAUUAGAAAUCUUAGGCCUAACUCAACACUAAAGUUAGCUCAUGAGGAGAUAGCUCAUGAGGGGAGGAUUGCCCAAGUCUAUAUAAGUAGACUGUCAAUCCAUUCCCCAACAUUGGGUGCGAUGAGUCCUGCUUUGCAACGAUUAAUUUCGCUCCUCCUUUCGGUCUCCGAGUGUUGCACUUUUAACCCUUGUUGUUGAUCUCAGAUUUACUCUCCCCGCUACGACUCGAGUUAUUAGAUGAAGGUUGAUAACUUCAAAUCUUUGUUGUUAUUUUCCUUUUCUAAUCGUUACUUCUCUCUCGAGCAAGUCUAGAAUACAGAUGAGUUCUUAAUAUUUACAAGCGUUAGAAAACAAUCAUAAUGAAGAAAAUACCAAUAAAUGCAAGCACACCUAUCUUGAAUUUCCUCAUACUUGACCUGUUUCGUUGAUUCAUCAUGAUUUCCACAACCCUAGUUGUGGUGUUUAGCUACACAUGAUUGCAAGCACACAAGAAAAA